CCACGCUAUCCCUGAAUCUGAAGCACAGGAAGGGCCAAAGAUAGAAGCAGGAGUGCUGUGCAAGUCUAAUGCAGGUUACAGAGCUGGCAUGUGUUAAAGAUGAAGAGGUCCCUCAACAGGAAUGUGUUCCUAUUAAAGAGGAAUUCAUAGAGCAGGAAUGUGUCCCCAUCGCAGAGGAACUUCCUCAUGAAAAUCAUGUCUGUACACUUGAGGAGAACAAGAAGCUGGGAUCCAACCUGUGUGAUGACUCUCCAUCUCAAUGUGAACUGGGAUUUAGAGCUUCUAAAGUAGUUGAAGGAGAACACGACUCCACUCUAUCACCCCAGUGCAAAAACUCUUCUAGAGGCAAACCACAGUGCAAGAAGCACAGAGAAACAACACCCCAAGAAGAAUAUGUGAAGACAUUGAGAACUCACUCAGUUACAAUCCCUUCCUUACAAGACAGACACCCACUUACUGUGGAGAGUACAGAGACGCCACAUUCUGUAUGUUUUAAAAAUUCUGAAACCCAGGGCAACUUGAAGACCUUGCCUCAUUCUAUUAAAGGUGGGAAGAGUUCCUGUCAAUUAGACACUCCUGAAACUCACAAGGGAAAUCCCACAGGAGGGACUCCGUGUUCCUGGGCUGAUUGUGGGAAGAGUUUCAAUCAUAUAUCACUGCUUAAAAGACACCAGCGCGUUCACACAGGAGAGAAACCUUCCCACAUACAGACCAGUGAUAAGAGUUUUACACAGUUAGGAAAUCUUCAUUCACACCAGCACAUUCACAUAGGAGAGAAACCUUAUCACUGUACUGAGUGUGGGAAGAUAUUCAGUGACUUAGGAUCCCUUAAAAGGCACCAGCGCAUUCACACAGGAGAGAAACGUUAUCACUGUGCUGUUUGUGGGAAGAGAUUCAGUCAGUUAGGAAACCGCACAAGACACUAUAACAUUCACACAUAUGUGUAAUCCUAUCCCUGCACUUAGUGUGAAGAAGUUAAGUCAGUUGCAGGCUCUUACAGGACUUGAGAACAUUCUCAGAAAUGCAGACACUUGGGGACACCUAAACAACAGGAGUGCAUUCUACUAAAUACAGAAAUAUUAACUGAAAACAAAAGAAUAAACUUGCUUGAUAAAUAGGGUCACCCCUAAUCACAAUCUGUUCAGAUCAAAAACUCACCAAAAUCUGUGUUCAUCAUGUUGUUGAGCAUUCUGAUUGUGUUACAUCACAUUAGUAAUAUAUUAAAUAGAUUGUUAUCAUGAGUGCAAGUUUCUCUUUUUCCUCCUGCAUUGCUCAGCCUCUUGCAGUGUGUUGUGUGGAAUCUUCCCUGAUACCAUGGUGAAUCUGCGGUACCUCAAGACGCAGCACAGUAUACCACAGUUAUCAUGCGGGCAGCUUGAAGUGUAAAAUCAAUACUGUUUCCAGCAGGGUGCGCCAGAGACCUUUUAGCACUUUAAUGGGCUGCAUACCAUUGCUUCUUAACAAGGUGAUUUCUGCUCCUGAUGUGUUGAAUACUCCCCUCUCUCUCUGGGGGACUCUAUUAAACAAACAGGCACAAGGUAUUUAGAAAUCACAGCUUUAUUACAUCAGCUUAGAUUCUCUCGUGUACCAGUUCUCUGUGCAUGGAAACAACAUUUUCAUGAGCCAUCUGUGAAAACAGCACAAGAACUUUACACAUGGCUAAUUUAUAUAGCAACCCCCACCUUUCCCCUUCAUUUACAUGACGUCUGAUGAAAGCCAGGUUUUCUCAAGUAAA